AUGCCUGAGCUGGCAGUGCAGAAGGUGGUGGUCCACCCGCUGGUGCUGCUCAGUGUGGUGGACAAUUUCAACCGAAUUGGCAAGGUUGAAAACCAGAAGCGUGUUGUUGGUGUGCUUUUGGGAUCAUGGCAGAAAAAAGUACUGGAUGUGUCCAACAGUUUUGCAGUCCCUUUUGAUGAAGAUGAUAAAGAUGAUUCUGUCUGGUUUUUAGACCAUGAUUAUUUGGAAAACAUGUAUAGAAUGUUUUAGAAGGUUAAUGCCAGAUAAAGAAUAGUUGGGUGGUACCACACAGGUCCUAAACUGCACAAGAAUGACAUUGCCAUCAAUGAGCUCAUGAAAAGAUACUGCCCUAACUCAGUAUUGGUCAUUAUUGAUGUGAAACCAAAGGACCUGGGGCUGCCCACAGAAGCAUACAUUUCAGUGGAAGAAGUUCAUGAUGAUGGAACACCAACAUCGAAAACAUUUGAGCAUGUGACCAGUGAAAUUGGAGCAGAGGAAGCUGAGGAAGUUGGAGUGGAACACUUGUUAAGAGAUAUCAAAGAUACAGCAGUGGGGAUGCUGUCCCAGCGGAUCACAAACCAAGUCCAUGGUUUGAAGGGAGUGAACUCCAAGCUUCUGGAUAUCAGGAGCUACCUAGAGAAAGUAGCCACAGGCAAGCUGCCCAUCAACCAUCAGAUCAUCUACCAGCUGCAGGAUGUCUUCAACCUGCUACCUGAUGUCAGCCUGCAAGAGUUUGUCAAAGCCUUUUACCUGAAGACCAAUGACCAGAUGGUGGUGGUAUACUUGGCCUCACUGAUCUGCUCUGUGGUUGCCUUGCAUAACCUCAUCAACGACAAGAUCGCCAACCAGGAUGCCAAAAAGAAGGAGGGGCAGGAGAAAGAGGAAAGCAAGAAGGAGAGAAAAGAUGACAAAGAGAAGGAGAAAGAUAAGGAGAAGAGUGAUGUUAAGAAGGAAGAGAAAAAGGAGAAAAAGUAAGACCUUAUAAACUUAAUCAGUGUGCCACACUAGAGGGUCCUUUUCACUUUUAGUGCUUGUUAAAAAGCUGUUCUGGUGAGAACUCUUCGCCUCUGGU